AUGAGGAGCUCUUUGUACAGCCAGAAGACCGCAUCCAUGAGCUGGUCCAGCAGGAGUGGCCCAAGGAUCCGGACCUCCUCCCCGGCACCCCCAGAGGCCCGAGCGUCCGAGAAGGAGGAGAUGCAACAGCUCAACAGCUGCCUGGCCGGCUACAUUGACAAGGUUAAGGGCCUGGAGCAGCGCAACUCCAAGCUGAGGGAAGAGCUGGCAGACCUGAAGGCCCAGCCCAAGGCGCCCCAAGGAAUAGGGGAUGAGUAUCAACUGCAGUUUAAGAAGCUGAGGGAGCUGAUUGAGCAACUCACUCAUGAGAAAGGGCUUGCUGAGAUCGAGAUGGGCAACACCAAGGAGGAGGUCGACCUCUGGAGGCUGAAAUGUCUCGAGCAGCUUGACCAUCAAGAUGAAGCGGAGAGGAUCCUGAAGGAGUUCCAGAAGGACAUGGAUGAUGCCUCUUUUCAAAAAGCUGACCUGGAGAGGACCAUCGAGCAGCUUGUGGCAGAGAUUGACUUCCUGAGAAAGUUGCACGAGGAUGAAGUUGCUGACCUGGUCCGACAAAUUGAAGAGUCCAAAGUCUCAGUGGAACUGGAUUCUACCCGCCCAGAUUUGGGAGCCGCCUUGCAUUCCGUGAGGGCGCAGAUGGAAGAGAUUUCUGCCAAGAACCUCAAGGAAGCUGAAGCUUGGUACAAGACCAAGUUUGACAGCCUCCGGCAGCACGCCACCAAAUACGACAACCAGAUCCAGAGCACAAAGGACGAGCUCAGCAUCCUGCAGCAGCACAUGGUGGAUUUGGAAAAUGAGAUUGGUACCCUGAGGAGUACCAUCCAGAAUCUGGAGAACCAGCUAGAGGGCAUGGAGGCCAGCCACCUAGAGAAAGUGGCGAGUCUGCAAGGUGUCAUCGCCCAACAGGAAUUCCAACUGGGAGAAACCAAAACUGAGAUGGCACAAUACCUUCAGGAAUACCAGCGACUGCUCAAUGUCAAGCUGACAUUGGAUGCUGAGAUCACCACCUACAGGAAACUGCUGGAAGCAGAGGAGGACAGACUGGGAUUAUUAAGUGAGGACUCCACAGGUGCUUCCUCUGUUACAAGAGAGGGGAAAGUAGAAUCUGUUACUAGUAACAUAGAAACGCAUGCAGCUCGCAGUGUGACUGCCUAAAAGAGGACAAAAGAGUCAUGAGAGACACCUUCUCUGUGUCAGAUAAAGCAAACUCAUCCAGCAUUACUAUCAUUGUUUUGUCAUUGCUCGAAUACAAUGAGGUUUUCUGAACAAUGCAUACAGGAGUCGUUUAAUAAUUUCAAAUUGUAUUGAUCAUGAAGUAUGAUCCGGUGCAUCAUGAUGUAAAACAAAUACUGCAACAAUUUGGUAGAAUCCAUACUGUACCAAUAAAGCUUAAUGUGAUAGCACAAUUGUACAAUGACAAUUUCUUUAUCAAAUGCACUUUCAAGCACAAAACUUUUUAUCAGCACAAAAAUCAGGAUGUGAUAAGUAAAACUUAUACUCAGCACAGUGGAAAAGCUUUUCACGGUAUUUUACUGUUUACACACAACAAUAAAAUCAGUCAUUUAGAUUCACAAAUGGAAAGCCAUGGUUGACAAACUUGGUAGUUUUUUUGAAGCAAUUACUAACAAAAUUGAUAAAAGACAGCUGAUGGACAUAGUAUACUUAGAUUUUCAGGAGGGUUUUGAUAAAAUCCUCCACAGGCUUGAAAAAUUAAACUAGAUGGGAAAGAAAGCAACGUAGUGGCAUGAAUUAGGAUUAGCUAACAGACAGAAAACAGUAGGAAUAAAUGGACCAUUCUCUGAUUACAGGAUUACGGGGAUAGUGUGGGUAAAAGACAUUAUGUUUGAUCAGCCAUGAUCAUAUUGAAUGGUGGGGCAGGCUCAACAGGUUGAA